AUGAGAUUUGCUAUUGUUACGUUAUUGCUUUCACUUACUACUCUGGUUCAUGCUACUCAUGCUAUUAAUAUUAAAUAUGAAGAUUUAGUGGCUAGAGCUGACUCGGAUUCCUAUUACACGGAUGCUACAAACGUUUUUGAAGAUACUGAAUAUGAUUACGAGACCGAUACUGCUUAUCCGACUGAGUAUGAUGAGGACACUGAUUACUUCUUCGGUAUUGAAACCACCUACACUGGAGAAUAUGGAGAUAUCAGUGACGACUAUUAUUAUACAGAACCGGCUGAGUACACUGAAUACUACAGUGAAUAUUAUGAGAGCUCAUAUUACUAUGAAGAUGAAACUACUAGUGAUUAUGAGGAAUCAUAUCUGGCUUAUGCUACUGGGAAUGUUUAUAUUCAAAAUGGUACUAAUUCAAGUAUUGCAAAUUCUACCUCAUCAACCCCUAGAAAUGAAUCGAUCUCAAAAGAAUCACAAACCAUAGAACAAGUGCAAACCAGUGGAGAUACGACAACUUCAAGUCAAGAUUCAGUUGCUGCCGAAUCAGCAGGACAUGCUUCAAAUGCUGCUCCCAGUUAUCAUGUCACUGAUGGAAUUGCCUUUUUUGCUGCAAUCAUCGCAGGAUUAUUCAUGUAA